CGUGUCUGUGCUAAAUACGACAAUUGUCUUUUCGGAGUAACGCCAUCUGGUCACUCUACUUGAGAAUUGUCACUUCUGUUUCUGAAUUGUGUUUCGAUUUAUAUCCUCAAUUGGAGCGUCGUGGAAAUAUUUGCAGCACAUUUAAGGCAUCAUCCUACGGAAAGCAAACCAAAUAAGCCCAAAAUGCCCAGCAUCAAGUUGCAAUCUUCGGACGAGGAGAUCUUUGAUACGGACAUCCAGAUCGCCAAGUGCUCCGGCACCAUCAAGACAAUGCUGGAGGACUGCGGCAUGGAGGACGAUGAGAAUGCCAUUGUGCCGCUGCCCAAUGUCAACUCGACGAUCCUCCGCAAGGUGCUUACCUGGGCCCACUACCACAAGGACGACCCCCAGCCAACGGAGGACGAUGAGAGCAAGGAGAAGCGCACAGACGACAUUAUCUCUUGGGAUGCGGACUUCCUGAAGGUGGAUCAGGGCACCUUGUUUGAGCUCAUCCUGGCUGCCAACUAUCUGGACAUCAAGGGCCUCCUGGAGCUCACCUGCAAGACUGUUGCGAACAUGAUCAAGGGCAAGACUCCCGAGGAGAUUCGCAAGACCUUCAACAUAAAGAAGGACUUUACGCCCGCCGAGGAGGAGCAGGUGCGCAAGGAGAACGAGUGGUGCGAGGAGAAGUAAGGCGCGGCAUUUCACGGGACCAACAUUAAGUUGAAACAGCUGGCGGAUGCGGGAGCAGAGCCUCAUUUGGAGUUUUGUAUCAAUUUGAUGUGAUUCGCGGGGUUAAUUUUUUCGUCGUACAUAUAUCCCAUAUAUAUAUAUGUAUAUGAGAGAAUGUAAAACUCUAUUUAAUCUAUAUGCGUAACAUUUGAUUUCACCUUAAUAAAUAUAGCUACCCAAACACAA